AUGGGCAUCGGCGGACCUUUCCACCUCCCACUAGUCUUCUUGAACUCCACAACUCCUCGUCCUCUAAAACUCUUCCCACUUCUACUUCUACAUACACAUCACCAUCACGGCGCCUUCUCUUCUACUCGCCGCCGGAUAUUUGUCUCAGCACAAUCAUCAUCGGAAUUAACCAUGAGUGCUACUACAUUUCAAGAUUCGAUGACUCCGCCGGUGGCGAAGAAGGUGAAGCAUGUGAUGGAGAUGUUCGGCGAUAUUAGAAUCGACGACUACUACUGGCUUCGAGACGAUUCUCGUUCCAACCCGGAGGUCCUCUCUUAUCUCCAAGAGGAAAAUGCUUACACCGAUUUCUUCAUGUCCGGGACCAAACACUUGGAAGAUGAGAUUUAUGCCGAGAUGAGAGGACGAAUCAAGGAGGAUGACAUAUCAGCACCUAUACGAAGAGGGUCCUACUACUACUAUAAAAGAACCUUGGAAGGGAAGGAAUAUGUUCAGCAUUGUCGUCGCCCUGUCUGUGAUAAUGGGGUUCCACCUUCUGUUUAUGAUAUUAUGCCCACCGGCCCUGAUGCUCCUCCGGAGCAUGUAAUCCUGGACGAGAAUAUUAAGGCUCAAGAGCAUGCUUAUUAUAGCAUUGGUGCUUUUAAAGUUAGUCCAAAUAACAAGUUAAUAGCAUAUGCAGAAGACACUAAAGGAGAUGAGAUCUAUACUGUUUAUGUCAUUGAUGCUGAAACUCAAGCACCAGUUGGAAAGCCCCUAGUUGGUGUAACAUCAUAUCUUGAAUGGGCAGGGGACGAGGUUUUGGUUUACAUCUCAAUGGAUGAAGUUUUUCGUCCAGACAAGGUAUGGUUACAUAAACUUGUCAUAGACCAAUCAAAUGAUUUAUGCCUUUACCAUGAGAAGGAUAACAUGUUUUCUCUGAAUCUUAAGGCUUCUGAGAGCAAGCAUUUUUUGUUUAUUAGUUCGAAAAGUAAAAUUACAAGGUUUGUCUUCUAUCUGGACACAUCAAAGCCGGAAAAUGGGCUUGUGCUUUUGGUACCUUGUGUAGAGGGCAUUGACAUCUCAGUUAGCCAUCGCGGAAACCAUUUUUUCAUCAAGAGACGGAGUGAGGAAAUUUUCAAUUCAGAACUACUAGCCAGUCCAGUUGACAAUAUAUCUGCAACCACAGUUCUUCUUCCUCACCGGCAAGGUAAUGCUAAAUUUUGA